AUGCCUCAGAUUAGCGGAAGUAGUGAGAAACCACGACGGUGGAUAAAGCGUUACCGCACCGAGGUGUCAGCCAGCUCGGCCAGUGUCCUAUCCACCAUCACCGCAUUUCCUCUCGACAGUGUCAAGACUCGAUUGCAGACCUACCCUUACAAUGGAUUUCUCGACUGUGUUCGUAAGACGUAUCGGGAGGAGGGCAUGCGAGGUUUCUUUCGAGGUGUAACCGCUCCCCUAGCCAGUGUAACUCUUGUACGAACCGUAUCCUUCUCCAUCUACCAACGCUCCAAGUACAUUUAUUCCGACUGGAUGGGAAAGAAUCUUGGAUUCUGCCCACUUGAACAUGUCAACAAGAACGGCGCCUAUCCGAACUUGGGCACCAUGGCGUGUUUUGGGGCCGCAGGGGCAACUGCUGGUUCGGGUAUUACCUUUAUCGCAUGCCCCUUCGAGUUGACCAAGCUGAGCGCCCAAGUUUCCGUGCUCAUGGCGACUCAAAAAAACGCAGACCCCAAGCGACAGGAGAUUGCUAUGAGUUAUCAUAACAAGGGAACCAUCAAUACUCUCCGGAACAUCGUCAAGCAUCGCGGCAUGUCGGGGAUGUACACUGGGCUGAACCUGCACCUUUUGAGGGAUACGCUAGGAACGGGGAUAUACUUCGCCACGUACGAAAGCAGCAAGCAGCUAUUGACGACCUUCAGUGGGAAAGAUGCUCACAAGAAUCCCAUUGCCGUAUUAGCUGCCGGGGCUCUAUGCGGCAUUGUGUCGUGGGCCUUGAUAUAUCCCAUCGACUCAGUCAAGAGUAUCUACCAGCGAAACGCCUUGAUGCAUUCGAAAGGGGAGACAGUCCCCAUUCCCAAAAUUCACUUUUUCCGAAAGGACAUGUACAGAGGUUUAGGCGUGUCCAUGGGGCGUUCGGCCGCGGUGAACGCGGUCUUCUUUUCGGCGUUUGAGUUCUUCAAGAAACGAAUUAAUGCUCUUGAAGAUGUCGAUGACUAA